AUGCCUCCAACCUUCACCCAUCCUAUUUUAACUCCGCCAAACGCCGACCGCGAGGUUGCUGCGGCGCCGCCUCCAGCAUCUGACGCUAGGCCUUCUGCAGCUGUCCUGCAAUCGCAAACCCCUUGCUGUCGCUCUUCCUCUGUGUCUGCCGUCGGCGGAUUGCUUCUUCGAGAUUAUGCUCGCACCGCUGAUCCCUCUACCACCGACCAAGAAAUUCAGGCGAGGGAAGCUCUGGCGGUUCAUCCGCAGUCGGCCGGCGCUGUCCAUCAGCAGCAGGCAGAAGCCCAGCGUUCAGAAGACAAACCGGCGCCUGUAUCGCCCUUCCACCAGUUGCGUUCAUUUCAAUCACAUCGAAAGGGCACUCUGUCGAUAGAUACAAUACCGCGCCAGACCAUUAUGAAGGCUCUGGCAUCGAGGCCCCCGAUCAACGGCAAUCCGCCCUCGUUUCCUAUGGUCUCUUCUCUGAACGGUGUCCUCAACGGAAGGAAUCGAUCUAACAGCGGUUCUGUGCAGGACAUGGAGCAGCAACUACAUAAUCAACAACAAGAAGGUAAAAGCAGUCCUUCUUCCUCACAAACGCUCUCAGCGGCUCUGAGUAGCUUGCAGUCGAGCGGCGCAUAUUCGGAUAAGUCUUCCUCGGCGACGGCCCGACUCGCACUGCAAUCGCCGUGCUUCUUCCACCAGCGGUUCGACGAUGCAGUAAAUAUUCAGAAAGUUCUUGAAGAGAUAGCAGACGAUGAAUGGCUCUCGCAUUCGCGCCUAAUGCAAACGGCAACUGGAGUGAGAGAAGUGUCGAAACAGCUUCAGCGACGGCCUAUUAGACGAGCUGUCAAAACUAUCAUGAUAGUCACCAAGGCGCGAGACAAUCGCCUUGUAUAUUUAACUCGUGAGGUCACAGAAUGGCUUCUCCGCUCCCCACGUUAUGGAAAUGAUAUAGGUAUUACUGUCUACGUGGACUCCAAACUCCGCAAUUCCAAACGCUUCGACGCGGCUGGUCUGCUGGCCAAGGAUUCUCGCUACGGAUCCAUGUUGAAGUAUUGGACGCCAGAUCUCUGUUGGACGUCACCAGAGAAAUUCGAUUUGGUUGUUACACUCGGCGGCGAUGGAACUGUCCUGUUCACCUCAUGGCUGUUCCAGCGCAUCGUACCGCCAAUUUUAUCUUUCUCUUUGGGAAGCUUGGGCUUCCUUACAAAUUUCGAAUUCGAAAAAUAUAAGGAACAUCUUAAUAAUAUAAUGGGCGAUGGAGGAAUGCGUGUCAACUUGCGCAUGAGAUUUACUUGCACUGUCUACCGGGCUGAUCGAAGCAAAGGUGCCGUGCCUGGGGACGUCGAGGAGGGGGAGCAAUUCGAGGUACUCAACGAAUUAGUUAUUGAUCGUGGGCCUUCACCCUACGUCUCCAAUCUUGAGCUCUAUGGAGACAAUGAGCUUUUGACGGUCAUCCAAGCGGAUGGCUGUAUCUUUUCUACGCCCACCGGCUCUACUGCUUAUUCUCUCUCUGCUGGGGGCUCAUUGAUCCACCCUUCUAUACCCGGCAUCUUGCUGACCCCUAUUUGCCCUCAUACACUCUCUUUCCGACCCAUGGUUCUAUCUGACACAAUGCUUUUGCGUAUUGCCGUGCCGAAUCUUUCUCGGUCUACUGCAUAUUGUUCAUUCGACGGCAAGGGCCGUAUUGAACUGCGACAAGGUGACUACGUCACUGUCGUGGCUAGCCAGUAUCCUUUCCCAACCGUUGUCUCGGACGGCGGUGAAUGGUUUGAAAGUGUGCGUCGUGCUCUCCGGUGGAACGUCCGGGGAGCGGUUCAGAAAGCAUGGAAUGGCGACGUCGAUGGAAUCACUGAUGCUGGGAUGGAAGAAGAAAAUGUCGAUUUUGACAUAGACUUUGACAACGCGACAACGGGUACCGACAGUGGUGUUGGCCCUAGCGAAGACGGUGAUGUUUAUGGGACAGGGGCAGGCAGUCCAAUGAGAAGACAGAUGAGUUUGUUGAGCAUGUAA